AUGGGUGGAGCGCAUUGCCUCUCCAAGGGUAUUUGUGAUCGGGCGGAGGCCACGGACGCCGUCCGAUGCCACUCCAAGACAACAUCGAGCGGGAUGACCGCCCUGUGUCCCGCCAUGUUCGAAGAGGAGGUUCAGCCGACGGACGGCGAAGAGUGCUCGUGCCUGUACUGGAGCCUCGUGGAUGAUGUGAAGCUGCUCAAGGCGGAGCGCCUUUUGGCGCUCCACGAUGGCCUCGCUGAUUGUGCCAAGCUGGUGGCGGCACGGAUGGUGGAAGCAGCUGCGACCCACGGGCUUCUUGUUUGCAGUGCCUCCAUUGCGAAGGAGGAGCGCUUCGACCGAGGGCACAUGUCACUGGAGGACAGCAUUGUCCGGUUAGGACAGCUGAUAUGCCGCUGGGCCAUCAGUCAGGAGCCAGCUUAUGCGCUACACAUUGGCGUGCACAGUGGCGUCGUGCGGAAGCUGGUGCUCCGAAAUGGCGGAGAGGCUGUCUAUGGCGAGCCCGUGGCAGAAGCCAAGCGACUUGCGGAUUUGGCGCCCCAGGACUCCUGUGUUCAGAUCCUGAAGUCGACAAAGGACAAGCUCAAUGUCCUGGAGCGAUUGCCGUUUACUUGUUCGAGGGUGAAUGACUGCUACUACUUGGAGCCUUCUGCAGAGCUCCCCGAAGAGGCACCACCCUCUGCGGGCUACGAGUCUUUGUCGCCGACAAGUGGCGACAAACACUGCACCGCCGAGUUCAGGCAGAUGCUGGUGGAUCAUGGCAUCGACAUCUCCAAGUUUGGCAAGGGCCAGGCAAAGACGCUCGACGAGCUGUACCGCAACGUGGAGGUGGAGAAGAAGUCGUACUUCGUGAAGAAGAACGACUCCUUGGAGAGGCGCAUGGAGCUGGUCAACAUCAGCCUCACCGUCACGGGCCCAGACGGGCACGGGAUGGAGUUGAGGCUGAACUGCGAGGUCCUGAAGGACAGCACCCUGGUCAGGAGAAACCAGCGGCCAUCCUCCUUCAUCGAGGAAGGGUCUGGCUGGAAAUCUGCUGUGGAUGCGUUCUUCACCACUCGGCUUGGCCUGCCUGUGGAAAUUCGUCAAGAGCUGUUGGCUCAGGACAAUGUGGUCACAGAUAAGGUCGAACGAAUAAAGUCGAUGUUUUUCCCCGGUGUGGAGACAAUGUACACAACGUAUGACGUCUGCAUCCACAUUCCGGACCCUACACGGCCCUCGCUUCGAGCCAUCGGCCUGCCAGACAUGACCAGUUUCGAUACUGAAGCCAUCCCAGCGGCAAACCUGCCGAAUGCAAAUUGGUCGUGGCGCCGGCGAGGCGAAGAGCUGAGCAACGAGGAAGCCCUGGAGCGGCUGCUGCAGGAACACGGUAUCGAUACCAACGAUUACCCACCUGGCGCCACCGCAGAGCUUUGCGACGAGCUCUACGAGUCGCGGUACGCCACGCUGAACAUCCGGGCUGGCCACCUCGUUCGCAACAUUCAGAUCAUUAAGGUCUGGCUGUGUGCCACCAUCCUUAGUGUCGAUUACGUUCUUCGCUCCAAGGGCAAGAUGCAGUUUGGAAAGCGUGAGCGCAACCAUAAAGAAGGUCCGGUGACCAUGCGAAUGAGAUCCGACCAGGAUUGGAAGGCCGCUGCGCUCGCCUGCCUCUACGGCAAGCUGGGCAUGGAUGAGGCUUUUGUAAAGUCGCACUUGGUCAUCGUGGACUCCUCGUAUCGGUUGGACGAGGAGGUGGAGUAUUCCAGGUCUUACCCUGGGCUCAAGACUGUGUACAACAUCCAUACGGUGAAGUGCCGGGUCAAAGAUGUGGAGAACCCGGAAAUGUCCUUUAUUGGGCUACCUGAAGGUAAUGACUUUGCGGUCACUCGGGUUAGACAAAGUCUGCGACCCUCGAAAACUGGCCGAGAGGGCGUCGUCUCGACGCUGUGGUUUUGGAAGCCUAGGAACCAGCUCACUGAAACCGGUGACCUGUUGUACUUCCAGAAGAGUUUCACCGAUGAUCGGCACAAAGACCUGGAGGAUUUCACACCCGUGGCAAAACGCCAACUGGAGCCGCCAAUGCUCCUCGAGACGGUCAUCCCGGAAGAGGAAUCAGACGGCGAGUACAGGCUCGUCGUGGCCGAGCUCAUGAAGGGGAGGACCACAAACUGGUCCCGCGCACGGCGAGCUGCCAAGAGGAUGCUCGAUCCAACUUACAGCCUCAAAAGCUUCUAUGAUGACUGCGUGGCAUCAUUCCCAGAGCUGCUGCUUUACACGGCAGACGACGGGGGUCUUGUCAGCAGUGGCCGAAGUUCCCUGGAGGAGUACCAACGCACAAUGGGUGCGCUCUUCGCGGUCUUCUGGUUCAUGCGGCGGAAGAUAGGUGGCGCCGAGUCGUUUUGCUUUGGUGUAGAUGACGAGUGGGAGCCACUGAAUGCGCGGUCCAAGCAGCCCCGACGCAAGAAGGAGGAGAUUGCGAAGAGGCAAACUUUCUUCAGCGAGGUUGAGUGGGAGAGGAUCGAUGAGCUCCUGCACGAUGCGGGUCUUUUGUGUGAUGGUGUCCAAGGUCACGACGAGGAGCGCGUCCUCGCAAUGCUAGUGCUGACAGCCAUCCACGACAUUAUGAAGCUCGUGCCGCUGCUGCCGAAGGUGGCGCCGGAUCACGCGCCCUACCGCGGCUACAAGGAGGGCGAGACGAUUCAUGAUCACGACAUCGCACUAAGCUAUGUCUUAGAUCAUUACUCCUAUGCGCUGCCCUCCUAUCACGAGCUCUCGAAGAAGCAGAAGGACUCCAUCCGUUUCACCCAGUGCAAGAUGGAGUACAACAUGGGCUGGCUGGUGCAGGCCGAAGCUCCGCCUGGAGCAUUGUUCACAAAGUUUAAAGAGUGCAUGGCGGACGGCGGUGUCGAACCUGCAGAUGUCGCUUUCUACUUCUGCCACUGGCUCACGGACCUUGCGGGUGCAGAGCCGUACCCGCAGGAAGGCUGCGAAAAGUUUGUUCUCAAGUUUCCUCGGACGGUGCUGAGCUCCUUCAUCAAAUCUUUCAAGAUUGUGGGGGAGCUGGCAGUGAAGUCCGAGUCCCAAGUGCUGGAGGACUACCUCGUCUGGAGAUGGACCUCGCAUCAGCCCUCGCUCGGGGCCGUGCCCGAAGAUCGCGGCAGCAUCGCGGUGCUGAGGCUGGUGGUCAUGGCACAAGGUGAUAGCCAAGCCAUCCUCCGUGCUCUUACCCAGGUGCCUGCGCAGGAUCGUGAUGUUCUGGAGGAAGAGCUGGCUCACACUGGCUGCAAGGACCAACUGUUCGAGUUGGAAAACUUUCCAGAGGGCAUGGUUCCCAUGGGCUUGCGCCUCAAGCUCACGCUCAGCAGAACUUUCAGACACCCUGCGAGGUGCGGGUUUAGCGUUUUUGGGCCUUGA